GCUUCAGGGCCCCCUCCGUGCCGCCCCCUUCUCUUCUCCUCUUCCUCAGAAUCAUAACAUGGGCCAAACGCAGAGCACCCCUCUCUCCCUCCUUCUCGCCAACUUCAGGGACAUAAAAGCUAGAGGGCACAACUUAAGCCUAGACAUUCGCAAAAGGAAGUUGAUCACCUAUUGCCGCUCUGAAUGGCCCACCUUUGGGGUCAAUUGGCCUACAGAGGGAACCUUCUGCCUCCCUGUGGUCCUUAAAGUAAAAUAAAAAAUUUUCCUACCAGGGAAAGAAGGUCACUCGGAUCAGAUUCCCUAUAUUCUGGUGUGGCAAGAUUUAGUAGAAAACCCACCUCCUUGGAUGGCCACUUCCUUAAUAGCAGAGUCAUGCCGAAUCCUAGCGGCUAAACCUAUCAACCCUCCCAAGCCGCCAACUCCAACUGCACCCCCUGUUCUCCCCGACAACCAAGAUUUACUUUCCUUUGACCCUCCCCCUUACCAGGUUCCUCCUCUUAUUCCGCAAGCUGCCCCUAUCCCUGCUGCGCCGGCAGAGCCUCCCGUAGCCCAGCCCAUAGGAGAACCAGAGAAUAGGGAGGCUCAACCCGCGCCUAUGCCUAGUGGGGGCGAAGUCCAAGGGCCGGCCGGACGUACCCGUAGGCGGGCCCCACAUGAGCCAGGACUCCGCCUUCCUGACUCCACCGUAGCUUUACCUUUACGGGAAAUAGGGCCUCCCGAUGAGACGGGGAGCCCCCGACUUCAAUACUGGCCCUUCUCUACCAGUGACCUAUAUAACUGGAAAACCCAGAAUGCCCGAUUUUCUGACAACCCUAAAGAUUUAAUAAGUCUCUUAGACAGCGUUAUGUUUACCCACCAACCCACCUGGGAUGAUUGUCAGCAGCUCCUCCGAAUCCUGUUCACCACCGAGGAGCGAGAAAGAAUUCAAUUGGAAGCAAGAAAGCUGGUUCCUGGAGAUGACGGCCAACCCACUGCUAACCUUGAUCUCAUUAAUGCAGCUUUUCCCUUGACCCGACCCCCACAGGAUGGCUGGGACUACAACACGGCAGAAGACCCGGACUUGGAUACACCCUUCCAUGACUGCGCUGAGAUAUUGGCACAGGUUCAUGGAGUUCGGGAAGAUUUACAGGAUCACCCGCUACCAGACGCUGAGGUUACCUGGUUCACUGACGGCAGCAGCUUUGUACAUCAGGGUCAAAGGUACGCGGGGGCAGCAGUCACAACUGAAACUGAGACUGUUUGGGCAGAGCCUUUGCCAGCUGGCACCUCUGCCCAACGAGCUGAACUUGUGGCCUUAACCAAGGCACUGACUUUAGGAAAAGACAAGAAACUAAACGUGUAUACCGAUAGCAGAUAUGCUUUUGCUACGGCCCACAUACAUGGAGCUAUAUACAGAGAGAGGGGGCUGUUAACUGCAGAGGGGAAAACUAUCAAAAACAAAGAAGAAAUAUUGGCUCUUUUAAAGGCACUCUGGCUGCCUAAACGACUAGCCAUCAUACAUUGCCCAGGCCACCAAAAACCGGUCACACCGGUGGCCAGAGGAAAUAGUUUGGCUGACCAGGUGGCCCGAGAGGCGGCUUUACAGGUGGACUAUGCUUUAAUGACCACCCUACCAGACCCCGGUUCAGCUAGCUUACCAGAAAAUCCCGCCUACACUAAAGAAGACCUAAACUGGAUCCAAAAAUUACCUUUAACUCAGUGCCUUAACGGAUGGUGGAGAGCAGCAGACUGUAGCAUAAUCCUCCCAGAAGAAAUGGGAAAUAAAGUCUUAUCCAAGAUGCACCGAGCCACUCAUAUGGGCACAAGAAAAAUGCAAGACUUAAUAAGACAUGCUAGGAUCACUAUUAAAGACUCCAGGACAAAAAUUGAGCAGAUAGUCACUAGCUGUAAAGCUUGUCAAUUAACUAACGCCACCAACCACGGGAAAAACCCUGGCUCCAGAACCCGCGGAACCAGGCCGGGAGCCUAUUGGGAAGUAGACUUCACCGAGGUAAAGCCUGGAAAAUAUGGAUAUACAUAUUUGUUAGUGUUUAUAGAUACCUUUUCAGGAUGGACAGAGGCCUUCCCCACCAAGCAUGAGACUGCGCAGGUAGUAGCAAAGAAAAUGUUAGAAGACAUCAUACCCAGGUACGGAUUUCCUACCCUAAUAGGAUCAGACAACGGACCAGCAUUCAUUUCAAAGGUAAUACAAGGGAUAGCGCAGUUUAUUGGGGCUGAUUGGAAACUACAUUGUGCAUAUAGACCCCAAAGCUCAGGACAGGUAGAAAGAAUGAAUAGAACUCUAAAAGAGACCUUAACUAAAUUGACCAUAGAGACUGGCGCUAAUUGGGUAGUCUUACUCCCCUACGCUCUGUUCAGGGUGCGGAACUCCCCUUACAAACUGGGAUUAACCCCCUUUGAAAUCAUGUAUGGAGUGCCCCCCCCUAUAAUUCCCAACCUACAGUCUAAUGUGUUAACUGAAUUUGAUGAUCAUAAACUUCUUAUUUCCCUGAGGGAACUCCAGCACACCCACCAGGAAGUUUGGCCCCGAUUGAGAGCCAUUUAUGAAAACGGGCCCCCUCCUGAGCCGCAUCACUACCGACCCGGAGAUUGGGUAUACGUGCGGAGACACAAGCAAGAGACCCUCCAACCACGGUGGAGGGGACCCUACAUUGUGAUCCUAACCACACCCACUGCUCUCAAAGUCGACGGGAUUGCUACCUGGAUCCAUUACACCCACGCCCGACCAGCUGAUCCCUUUGCGGUUCGAGAAGACUUCGUGCCGGAAGCCAACACCGCCUGGACGGUUGACCAGAGUAAGACCCAUCCUUUAAAAUUGACUCUGCGUCGAAAACCUGACCCCGAAAACCAGCUGAAACCAAAGCCUGGGUGUCCCAUACCAAGACUGUUGCAGCAGCUCCGGACCCACAAUGAUCGGAGGAACACUCACUAGCGUGCUCCUGCUCACCUCCUACGGACUGAUAAGUAUUAUGGGCAACCCCCACAUACCCUAUACUUUAACUUGGAAGGUUUCUAAUUUAGAAACCCAGGAAGUCUAUAAUACUACCCUGCUCUCCGCUUUACUUGGGCCUCUGGCCAUUCUACUUCUCGCUCUCACAUUAGGCCUCUGCAUCAUAAACAAAAUUAUUAAUUUUGUCCAAGACAGGUUCAAUGCUGUACAAUUAAUGGUCUUACGAACUCAGUACCAACCGCUCGAGACAUUACAAAUAGAAAACUAAAGAUCCAAGAUUGGUUCUUUAGGCACAAGGAAAAGGGGGGAAUGAAAGGAACAGCUUUGAAUCCAAAUGACAGCCCUGCCUUAGUUUAAAGCUAGGUUCUCUUUUCUGCUUAUUAUGGAUCUUUGAUAAGAAAUACAAUUGCUGAGAAGUCUGUUUUGCUUGCUGUUUGCUAUGAGCAUUGUGAGACCUUUCCUGAUUGUAACCCGCUGUGUAGUAGAAUGGGCUGUAAAACUUCCUAAAUGUAGUCUGAUAUGUAAUGAAAUGAGUGAUUGUAUACAAACUAACCGGCAUUUCUCGCUUCUGUAAACCUGCUUGCUUAGCACAUUCCUCACCUACCCCCUUCCCCCUUUCUUCCUCCCGCCACAAGUAAAAACCUCCCCUGUGCUAUUUGUCUCUGUCUAUAAAAACGCUAUACCAACCCUAAUCGUGGCCUCUUGCGUCACCGGCGACGAGUGCGCAGAGGACCAGGUUCGAACCUGCAGUAAACG